GGUUGGCCACCAUAGUCCAGCUUGGUCACUGUUUCUGCUCACCGUCAAAUUUGUGAGGGGGGCGUACGCCCCACUCUUAACAGGGCAAGUGUCUCCCAGAACCCUACUAACAGGGCCCUGGAAAAUGUUGCCACAUGGCAAUGCAAACUUGUGGGUCAUGAUUGAUUGCCUAGGUUUACAGGGGUCACUGGAGGUCCAGGGGUUGCAGGACACCGUGUUGGUGUAUGAUAGUCAUAGGCAGUGCCUUUGCUGCAGGAUGAGGCUAGGGACUCUCUUCUGCUGGUAGCACCAGCAUUCUGGGAGGAUAUGAAGGAGAGGACCAGGCUGCUUGUGCUUAUUAAGAUCCUUAGAGCUGGACAAAUUUCAACACAGAUAAUUGCUUUAUGGUCUCAAACUAUAGCAGCUCUUUGGUUUGGAUUCUUCUACUGUGAAACAGUUACGUAGCAUCCCUGCAUGCUGUCCACUCUAGAGGUGACUGAAUCUGUGUGGUGGAUGAAAUGUGUAUUCUGUGUGGUGCAUGUGGCAUCAUGGCUUCUCAUUCAGGAGCUGCUGAGGCCAGUGAAAAUGCGAGGAGCGCAACGCUGGAGCGGUGCCUCAUUGUGCUCAGAGACGCAAAACAUGACAGUGAACAAUUUGCAGCCCUACUCUUGGUGACCAAAGCAGUCAAAGCUGGAGACAUCGACUCAAGAACCCGGCGUCGGAUCUUCGACGCAGUUGGAUUCACAUUCCCAAACCGGCUUCUUGCUUCCAGGGAGCCCCCAGCUGGCUGUCCGGAGCACGUGUUCCAAGCGCUUGGCCUCACCCUGCUGGCAUGUUUCUGCACUGAUCCAGAAUUAGCUGGCCAUUCCCAGAUUCUUAACAAAAUCCCAACCUUCAACAACAUUCUGGCUUCCCCAUCUGAUCCAGACGAUGGGUCCAGGAGCUCCAUGAUCGAUGACGUUUACCAGUGUCUGGGUGCUGUCCUGGCCACUCCCAGGGGCCCCAAAGAGUUGGUGUCCCAGGGAACCGUGUCAGCUCUGUGCCAGGCCUACCUGAAUCGCAGUUAUGGUUGUGACCGUGCCCUUGAGCUGCUCGUAGGGCUUCUGGCCAUAGCAGAGACAAAGUGCUGGCAAAGAGCCACCCCUGACCUCAUGGCUGUACUGAGCAGGCUCAGUGAGGAGUUCCACCGAGCUGAAGACAUGACCAAGUUCCAGCUGUGUGAUGUUCUGCCUCACUUUGUGUCUCCGUCGUUGCUGCUUACCCGGAACCAACAAAGUUCUGCGUCCCUCUGCAACCUUUACAGAGGCCUGGUUAGCAUUCUGAGCAGCAAACUGAGCCAGUCCCAGCGUGACCCCGCACUGAAGCUUGCUGCCUGCCUCACGCAGGCCUGUGGCUCAGAAUGGAUCCCGGCAGAAAGGGCCGGGAGCAAGUUCCUGGCCCUGCUGGUGAACCUGGCUUGUGUGGAGGUCCGUCUGUCUCUGGAGGAGCUGGACCCGGCAGACGUGGACGAGAAGCAAGAGGUGGUAACAGCCUGUUACAGUCUGAUUGAGCUGGGGAUCCUGGAGUGCAUGAGAGAAGAGAAACCACGGCUGAGGGAGGCACAGAAACUGCAACUAGUGAGGAUCAUGGAGGAGGCAUUUGGGGCUGUGAUACACUACCUGAGACAGGUGGGAGAACAGAAGCUGAGGGAUCCUUUCAUAUUUGCCUCUGUUCGAAUCCUGAGUGCCUGGCUGGCUGAAGAGACCUCCUCCCUCAAGCAGGAAAUCUGCGACCUCCUGCCUUUCCUCAUUCAUUACGCAAAGACGCUUUUCCAAGAGGAGGACAAAGCCAGGAGCCUAUCCCAGCAUGCAGCAGAACUGGGCAGUCCUCAGGGCUCCCUGUGGCCCAGAGAUGCUCUGAGAUUCCUGCUACCAGGCUUGUGCCAUUUGACAGCAGAGGACGGCCCUCGGGAAAUCCUUAUUUCAGUGGGGGCCCCAGCACUGCUGUGUCAGUAUUUCCUGCACCAGUGGGAAUUGUUGGCCUCGGACCCCCACGCUGCUGCUCUUCCGGACAGCACCGAAAUCAGUCUGCAAACCUCCUGUGGAAUUUUCCUUAACCUCGUGGUGACCGCCCCAGAGUUGGUCAGGCGAGACAAGUGCUUUUCCUCCCUGAUGGACGUGCUGCUGAAAUCUCUCCCUGCUCUGCUGCUCCAGAAGGAUCGUCUUGUGCUAGCAGCCAACGUUGCCACUCUGGGCUUGAUGAUGGCCAGGAUCCUUGGCAGUUCUCCCGCUCUCCAGGGGACACCCCCAGCCCAGGACUUCUUCGAAGCUGCCAUCUGCUUCCUUUCUCAGGCCCACGUUGCCCGGGUAGAUCUUGCCAGCCAGGGCUCAGCAGUGGCCGUAUCCCCAGCCUACGAGGAGGCCUGGGCUGACCUCCGUGAGCUGUGGUUCCUAGGGAUGCAGGCCUUCGCCAGCUGUGUGCCACUCUUCCCCUGGCUGCCCCCAGCAGUCCUCCGGUCGCGUUGGCUAGAUGACCUCUUGCGGCUCUUGGGCCAGGCUGCCCCAAGCUCAGUGGACUUGGAGCUCGUUACGGCGCUGCAGGGCGUCCUGCUGGAGCUGGCCAGAGCCAGCCAGCAAUGCAGAGAUGCAAUCGCCUUGCAGCAGGGCAGGGAACUGGCCAAUCUUUAUGGCAUGGCAGCUUUAGAACAGUGCCUUUGUGAGCAGUGAAUGGGACUCCCCUGCCACAGGCGGGGG